CAAUGAGGUGACGCCGCGUUCCGGGCCCAACUGCUGAGAGCAAGCCGGUGAUAAGGGAACUAAAACUAGCAAGUGUGACAACAAAGAAGCUCCGAAUCAAGGCAGCACCGGGAAAACUAACCUCAGAACCCGCCCGGAACAGCACGACCUGUUGGUAGCCUCUUGAGACUUUCAUUAGUGCCGCCUAAAGAAAGCUCGUCAUGGGGGAUAGGAAACUGGUGCUGGUUGCCCUCUCUUGCCUUGUUCUGGUAUUGUUGCCUUCUCACACAGUAAGUGUAGCUGUCAUGUCAGUUGACCUGGGAAGUGAGUGGAUGAAAAUGGCUAUAGUGAAACCUGGUGUGCCAAUGGAGAUUGUUCUCAACAAAGAGUCAAGGAGAAAAACACCCACAGUUGUAUGUCUUAAGGAGAAUGAGAGGCUUUUUGGAGACAGUGCACUGGGAGUGUCUGUGAAGAACCCCAAAACUGUCUAUAGGCACCUCCAAAGUCUUCUGGGUAAAAAGCACGACAACCUGCAGGUGGAGCUCUACCAGAAACGUUUCCCUGAGCACCACUUAGAGGAGGACCCAGUGAGAGGCACAGCUUACUUUAAAAACUCAGAGGAAAUGCAGCACACACCUGGGGAGCUGCUGGGCAUGGUGCUCAAUUAUUCACGCGGUCUGGCUCAGGACUUUGCGGAACAACCAAUCAAAGAUGCAGUGAUCACCGUCCCAGCCUUCUUCAACCAGGCGGAGCGCAGGGCAGUCCUGCAGGCUGCACAGAUGGCAGGUCUAAAGGUCCUUCAGCUCAUCAACGACAACACAGCCGUGGCCUUGAACUAUGGGGUCUUCAGGAGGAAAGAUAUCGACAGCACAGCUAAGAAUGUGAUGUUUUACGAUAUGGGCUCAGGCAGCACUACUGCCACUAUUGUCACCUAUCAGACGGUCAAGUCGAAGGAGGCUGGCACCCAACCCCAGUUACAGAUCCGAGGUGUCGGGUUUGAUCGUGGGCUGGGAGGCUUUGAGAUGGACCUGCGACUCCGGGACCACCUGGCCAAACUGUUCAAUGAACAGAAGAAGAGCAAGAAAGAUGUGAGGGAGAACCACCGGGCUAUGGCCAAGCUCCUCAAAGAGGCUCAGAGGCUCAAGACUGUACUCAGUGCCAAUGUGGACUUCAUGGCUCAAGUGGAAGGUUUGAUGGAUGACAUCGACUUCAAAGCUAAGGUGACCAGGGCUGAGUUUGAACAAUUGUGUGCUGAUCUUUUUGAAAGAGUGCCUCGCCCAGUGCAGGAUGCCCUGACUGCAGCUGAAAUGAAGCUGGAUGAAAUUGAGCAGGUGAUUUUAGUUGGUGGUUCCACACGUGUCCCCAAGGUCCAGGAAGUGCUGCUCAAAGCUGUGGGGAAAGAGGAGCUGGGCAAGAACAUCAAUGCAGAUGAGGCAGCAGCCAUGGGCGCCGUGUACCAGGCUGCUGCCCUCAGCAAGGCCUUCAAAGUCAAACCUUUCCUGGUCCGAGAUGCAGCUGUCUUCCCAAUUCAGGUGGAGUUCAACCGGGAGGUGGAGGAGGAGGGGAUCAAAAGCCUGAAACACAACAAACGAAUCCUGUUCCAGAGGAUGGCACCAUAUCCUCAGCGCAAGGUCAUUACAUUCAAUCGCUAUAGUGACGACUUCGCUUUCGACAUCAACUACGGCGACCUCAGCUUCCUGAGUCAGGAGGACCUCAGUGUAUUUGGCUCUCUGAACCUGACCACAGUCAAACUGUCUGGAGUGGGCAGCAGCUUUCAGAAGCACUCAGAUGCCGAGUCAAAAGGAAUCAAAGCCCAUUUCAACAUGGAUGAAAGUGGUGUGCUUCUGCUGGAUCGGGUGGAGUCUGUCUUUGAAACCAUUGUGGAGGAGAAAGAAGAGGAAUCAACUUUAACUAAACUUGGUAACACAAUUUCCACCUUGUUUGGAGGAGGAUCCUCAGAACCUGCCCCAAAUGUAACUGAACCUGUCCAGGACGAAGAGGAAAUACUUCCAGAGUCUGGAAAGGAUAACAAGAAUGAGGAUGGCAAUAAUGAGGCACAGAAGGAUGAGGCUACCAAGGAGAAGCAGGAAGAUUUGGAGAAAAGUGCAGGUGAAGAGAAAAGCCAGGAGAAAACAGAGGAGGCAGGCAGCAAGAACGAAGCCAAGGAGGAGAAAGACGAAGAGAAAUCUGGAAACGCAGAGGUGGAGAAGGAUGCAGAGAAGAAGGCGAAACCUCAGAAAAAGAGCAAGAUCUCUGAAGACAUAACAGUGGAACUUGUAAUCAAUGACAUCCUCGAUCCCACUGCUGAAGACCUCACUUUGUCUAAAAAGAAGCUGCAGGAUUUGACAGACAGGGAUCUGGCCAAACAGGAACGGGAAAAAACACUGAACAGUCUGGAAGCUUUCAUUUUUGAGACACAAGACAAACUCUACCAGGAGGAUUACCAGCAGGUGGUGACGGAGGAGGAGAAGGAGCAGAUCUCAGCCAAGCUGAGGGAGGCGUCUGAGUGGAUGGACGAGGACGGCUAUGCUGCCACCACCAAGCAGCUAAGAGAGAAGCUGUCUCAGCUGAAGAGUCUGUGCAAGGACAUGUUUUUCAGGGUAGAGGAGCGACGCAAGUGGCCAGACCGUCUUGCUGCCCUGGACAGCUUGCUCAACACCUCCAGCUUCUUCUUGAGGAGUGCCAGACUGAUCCCAGAGGAUGACCAGAUCUUUACUGAAGUUGAGCUAAAUAUGUUAGAAAAAGUCAUCAAUGAAACAACGAUGUGGAAGAAUGAGACGGUAGCAGACCAAGAGAAACGCUCUCCACAGGAACGGCCAGUCCUGCUGUCCAAAGACAUAGAGUCCAAGCUGGCUCUGUUGGAUCGAGAGGUUAACUACUUGCUCAAUAAGGCCAAAUUUGCCAAGCCCAAGUCUAAACCCAAAGCCAAGAACAGCACAAGCACUAAUAAAAACAAUAAGACCAACGACACAUCUGAAGAAAAAAUCAUCCCUCCGACAGAGGAGAGCACAGACACAAAGAGUGAAAGCCCAGAAGAGGUCCAGCCAGGCGACGCUCCUCCCACCGAGGAGAGCACUCUACAUGCAGAUUCAGAAAGCCAGUCACAGCCCACAGAAGAAGUGACAACUCCAGGACCAACAGAGAAGGCCCAACCUGAAAACCACAUAGAAGAUGAAUUAUAACAGCUGGAACUGAAAAAAAAAAUCACUAUAUUUAUUGACAGUGUAUAAAUGUUCAAGUUCCCUCUCGCGCUGUUUUUUCUCCAUUUGUUUUCUCCGUUUUAUCGUUAUUGCCCGUUUUGUUGAGCUGCUGGAAGCUGAUUGGAUACAGACUGGAAACGACUCGUCUUGCCCUCCCCGCCUCCUCAUUUUGUUCCUCCUGCAGUUUAUCUCUUUUGCCUUUCAUGGAUUCUAUAAGCAACAGACACCGAGACACCACGAAGAACCAGUUCAACAGAAAAUGAAGCCCCAGACUGCCAUGGUGGAGACGGUGUCCAAACAAAACGCUUAUAUCCGACAUCAUGAUCUCAUCCAUACUGGCACAGAGGGAGGUGAAAUCAUUUAAAAAAAACUAUGGACAGCUGACAAAAGCAGGCACUGUCCUCCUCUGGUUUGUCAUUUCAUCUCCUGAUGUAUUGUUGUCAGGGUUAGCAUAUGUCUGAACUGUGGUGAGUCAGUGCACUAUUUAAUGGUUACAGCUCACAGGAUUCUCAGUGGAUAGAAUCAUGGUUUUUUAUUGUUGUUUUCGAUGCCAACCUGCAAUUUAUUUGGCUGCAUAAAUCAUAAGUAUGUUUGCAGUAAUGCUACAAAGUGGAAUCAAAUGUCUUGUACAUUCAUCAUGUUCAAAAAUACAUGUUUUGAAUGAAAAGCAUUGCUAAUAUGGUGAGUCAUAACAUUAACUAUGAAUUUUUCCUUAUUUCGACUGAUUGGGCAGGAUGGUCAUGGGGAAGUCAUGUUACACUUAUUGACUAGGAUUUUAGGAGCAGCAAUUCACAAGUCAGUGACAAAAUUUCCUGUCAUCCAGGUAAAUUUGGAGAACAAUGGCCAGUGUUAUGCAUGAUUCAGAAAUGCUGCAUAUCACUUAACGUGCAGAUCCUGAAGUGAUAAAACCCUUACAUUUCCAUUUUUGAGUUUGCUUUGCUUGGCGAAACUUUAUUCCUCCAUCGCCAUUUUAGAGUUUUUAAAAAACACAGUCAGACCUGAUAGAAGAUGGUGCAAAAAAACAGGUGCAUGCUGGGGUCCAUCAAGUAGCUCCUGUCUGCACGAUGAGAACAAAUUAUUAAACUGGACCACCAAACAGGGUUGAUCUGGCAUUUUAGGAGCCUCCACAUAUCUGCUUCCCGUUGUUCUGAUGUAGCUGGUUUCUGAAUGAGUUUUUCUACUGAUGCUUGAAUGUGUUUGACAGCAGACAAACUCCAUGACUUCAAAGUCUCACAAGCUGCUAGAAGAGGUGGUGUAUUAAUGUUGUCUUUUUUUUCCCUUUCUGUUUUUUUUUUUUUUUUUUUUUUAUCCCGACACGUUCUGUGGUGCAGGUUCUUGCUUUGUGUUCGCAGCACUCUGGAUUAUUUGAAUAAUUGAAGAAAACACCUGGUCAGGCAUGGGAGAUGCAAACAAUGUUGUAUUUCUAAACUGUUAAUAAAGAAUAAUUUUUGUUUUUAA